CCCCCCCGACGACAAAAAUCCCACUUCCGGAGGAAGUCUAAAGAGGCACAAGCUGUCAAACUGUCAAACGAGAGGGCAGAUGUCGAGUCAUGCCACGUCUAUCUCGGCUUAAUGAACUGUAGCCUCGGCCGGCGAAAACCCAGGACAUCGCUCCAGCCCGGCAGUGUGGGCAUGCGAGGUCAACGGUCUAACGGCUACGGCAUGCGUUGACUUGAGGACACCCCUCCUAUGUGUUUGCCGAAACCCCCGCAAGGCGGUUGUCUAACACACCAUCGUGUGCGUGUGCUGGUUCUUUUCCCCGUGCGCUCCCCCAGAUGCGUCCGAUGCGGUAGCGGGAACGAGCGUCGUCGUUGUGGCGGCGGAUACUGAGUCAAGCGGUGGCCAGGCCCUUGGCAUUUUGCUCGGCCUGGGGUCGGCGUGCUUCGGCGGCAUGUACAUCCUCAACGCUAAGUCGGCGAGGAACAAGGUGGAGGUGUCCCACUUCGCCUUCAUCGCUUCCAUCGUGCCGGCCGCCCUGUGCACGGUGGUCCUCCUGGCGGCCUACGGCGGCAGCGCCGAGGGGAGGGUGCUGCUGUUCGGCACGUCGGGGCUGUUGGGGUGGACGCAGACCCCUGGGCUCGUGCUGGUGCAGGUUGUGACGUCUGUCCUGGGUGAUAUGGUCGGCAACUUCGGUUUCUACCUGCUUCUCAAGUACAUUUCUCCGCUGGUGGUGUCCCUGGCAAGUCUCACGGUGCCCCUCCUAACCGUCGUGGAGGGCCUCAUGCUAGGCGUCGUGUCUCCCCCCGGCAUCCUCUUCGGUAUCGGCGCCUUCCUGAUCCUGACCGGGGCGGGCACGGCGUCGAUGGUGACGCUGCUGCCCCACACGGAGGUGUUCGACGCGACCGACGCGGUCAAGACGACAAACGAGGGGGUCGGGGACGCCGACAAGAGCCCGGUACCGGGCUCGAGCUUGACCAGCUCCCCCGCAUUGGGGUACGGCAGCGUCAACGGCAGGGGUGGCGGAGGGGGCAAAGCCACCUCGCGCGUGCAGUCCAGUAAGGGGGAGUUGCGACCCCUGCUCUCGCUGGAGGCGGAGGACAAGAAGGCGGAGAGCGGCUCGCCGGAGCAGCCCUCGCUGCUGUUCAAGUAG